GAGACCACUGACACGUAAGAAUCCUGCUUUGAUUUUAAGGUAGAGACUACUUAGGCCAACAUCUUUUUAGAAGCGAAGGAUGGUAUUUUUAAAUAUAGCCAGCUGCUAAUAUUUUCUAUUUGGCUUGAUGUAUAUAAUUAUCCAAAGCGGCUUACAUUAGGGUGUGUGUAGGCUGUAGAAAGGGUCGACGUAGUCAACGAUGAAAAUGAGAUUAUCAAUGUUUAUUUCUCUGCUGAGGCCGAUUGGGCCGGUUAUUAUCGGUAUUUCUUUGGGAUUUACCUUAAGUUUACUUAGUGUGAAUUGGGUGGAGGAACCUUGUUUCCUCAACAGGAAAGCGAGUGAAGAAAUAACUUUGCCCCAAGAUGGGAAUUCAAAAGGAGCGAGGAGACCGAAUUCGAUAUCGACGGUCAACGAUGUGGACGCCGAGGAAGAUUUUGAGCCAAGAAUAGUGCCAUAUAAACCAGUCCAACAAACCAAACCAAAUAAACUUUUUCGGGCUAAGUACAUCAGUACAGAGCUGGGGAUCCGGGAGCGCCUCUUCGUAGGAAUCCUGACGUCCAAAAGUACCAUCAACACUCUGGGAGUGGCCGUGAACCGCACCAUCAGCCACCACCUGGACACUGUGGUCUUCUUCACUGGCAUGCGCAACCGCAAAGUGCCUCACGGCAUGUUCGUGGUCACCCAUGGGGACGAGAGGCUCAUAUGGAACAUGUUCCAGACCAUCAAGUACAUCUUAGAGCACUAUAUCCAUGAGUAUGACUGGUUCUAUCUUGCCCAGGACGACACAUACACAGAGGCAGACAGGAUCAAACAGCUGGUGGCUCACCUGAGCAUGGACCAGGAGCUUUACAUGGGCAGUCCUGAGGGGUUUAUAGGUGGGGAGAUGGAUGGGAGGUACUGCUACGGUGGGUUUGGAUACAUCCUGUCCCGUACCCUGCUACUCCGGCUCAAACCUUUCCUGGAGAACUGUAGGAAUGACAUCCUGAGUGCCAGGCCUGACGAGUGGCUGGGCAGAUGCACCAUUGAUUAUGCCAACACCAACUGUGUGGAUGAGCAUGAGGGGCUGCAGUACUACCGUUACGAGAUGGGCAAGAACUCAGAUCCGAGUAAGGAGGAGAAUAUGCAGUUUAAGAAUGCCUUGACUGUCCACCCGGUGUCUGACCCUGAGCAGAUGUACAGACUACACAAGCACUUCACUGAGAUCGAACUGCAGAGGACAUACGAUGAGAUCGAGAAGCUACAGGCAGAGAUAAAGAAUGUGAGCGAAGUGGCUUAUGAUGGCAACCGGAGCUCCCAGUGGCCCAUUGGGAUCAAUCCUCCCUUUGAGCCCAAGUCUCGCUUCGAGGUCCUUCGAUGGGACUACUUCACAGAGGAACAGGUGUAUUCCUGCAUCGACGGCUCCCCCAAGUGUGAACUGCGCGGUAUUGAUCGGUUGGACGUGGCCGACGUCAUCGAGAUAGCCAUGGAGGAGCUGAACAAGAAGUACAAGCCUGUCCUCCACUUGAAGAAGCAGCAGCUGAUCAACGGCUACCGGCGCUUCGACCCCACUCGGGGCAUGGAGUACACCCUGGACCUGCAGCUGGAGGUAGUCAACCAGAAAGGCCGCAGUCGCUCCAUCACCAAGAGGGUCCACCUGGUGCGUCCCCUGAGUCGCAUCGAGAUCAUCCCCAUGCCUUACGUCACAGAGGCCACCAGAGUUCACAUCAUAUUACCGCUGACCCUUCAGGAUCGGGGUUACGUCAACCAUUUUCUUGAAGUGUUUGCCGCGAAUUCGUUUGAGACCAGUGAAAACGCCAUCUUGACUUUCCUGUUCAUCUACGACCCAUUCGAGGCCCAGCAGGUCAACCAGAAUGACAUCUUCGCCAGUGUUAAAACCCAGAUCAACACCUACGAACGCAAGUAUCCGACAGUGAAGAUCCCGUGGAUAAGUGUCAAGACCGAAAACCCUUCUCAAAUCAAAUUCAUGGACAUCAUCUCGAAGAAGCACCCAGUAGAAACGCUAUUCUUCAUCACUAACGUCAACACCAACGUCAACUCAGAGUUCCUCAACCGUUGCCGCAUGAACUCCAUCAACAACUGGCAGGUGUUCUUCCCAAUCCACUUCCAGGACUACAACCCUGACAUCGCCUUCCACAACCAGGAGCCCCCACCCACAGUAGACCUGGUCAAGGACGCCGGACACUUUGACCGCAGUUCGUUCGAGGAGGCGUGCUUCUACAACUCUGACUACAUGGCGACGCGCACACGCAUGGCCUCCGACGUGCAGGAGAACGAGGAGAUCCUGGAGACCUUGGAUAUCUACGAUAUGUUUGUCAAGUACUCAAUCCUGCAUGUGUUCAGGGCUGUGGAACCAGCCUUGCACCAAAAGUACCGCUACCAGGCCUGUAACCCUCGGCUAAGUGAAGACAUCUACCACAGGUGUGUCCAGAGCAACCUGGAUGGCCUGGGAGCCCGUUCCCAGCUCGCCAUGCUGUUAUUUGAACAAGAGCAAGGAAAUAGCACUUGAUCACACCCCCCUUAGAAACUUUACAUAGAAUGUGUGUGUGAUUGGGUGUAUGGGUGCAUGUGAUUGUGUGUAUGUGUUCAUGUGUUUGCGUGCGUGUGAUUGUGUGCGUGUCUGUUUUAAAACUAAUGCAGUACAUUCCUAGAAGGAAACUUUAAAAAAACUAAAUACAAAAAACUAUGCGUUUGUUUCGAACAUUGAAAUUAUUUUAAACCUUUGAUUUGGUGGUCAUGCAGGGAUGCCUAUAUCAAUAUUUUUUUAUAUAUUAGAAAAGUUCAAUGUACAUUUGAUGUGGCUCUCAAGGGUAUGGCUUUAAACCUGCACAGCUUUUGAUACUUGGUCAUUUGCAGUUAAGUAAUCACUACUAAAGCACAUCUCAAUAUGUGUGCCUUUUAAUGUCUGUCAGUCCUCUUAUAUUUUCAUGUCCAUUGUCAUAUCAAGCUAAAUAAGUAGAGAUUUACAUGUAUAUAUUUAUCAAUAUUUGAGGCCCCUUAUUUCCACACUACACAUUUCAUAUUUUAAUGUGUAAGCUGGCAUCUGAAAUAUAGAUUCACUCUACUCAGAGGUUAAACGGAAGAAAGCUUUAUGGCACUGACAUCAUCAGAUGCAGCAUGCGAUUACUAUUAGGCUAAGAGGAUUGGACAGUAUUUCUCGGUACUGUAGGUCCCCAUAGGUGAGUUAGCAAACUAGCCUGUAGGGUCUCUUUAGGAGGUUGCAACAUUACACAUCCUUUAAAAAAGAAAGCAUAUGAUUGCCUGUUAUUUAGAAUAGGAAAUCAUGUAAUCUUUUUCCGUUACAUUUCUAUCUGCAACACUCUGAAUGUUUCACCUCUCUAAAUACACCCCUGGUUAGAUACUGUAUGUUUCUCUGACCAUAUUGCUGGAGAGUCCUUGAAAAGAACUGAGAGGCCAACUUUGUGACUGGACUAUUUCACAGUAUUUGCUGGUUUCAGUAUGUUACACACUAAAAUGUAAUCUCAAUAUAUUAAAGUAGCAAUUUGAAAUCAGUUGAAUUUAAGAAUGUAGUUAUUGAGGGCAAUCAGGAUUGUGGUAUGUCAUGUAUAAGUUGGUAGUCAACAUUGUUACAUGAAUGUUAUUACAUUUCUAUUGCAUCACAAUAUACCUGAAGAUAUACAUAGUUUGAAAUCACAUUGAUAUUGACAUUUCCCUGCACCAUUUCUGUCAAGUUAUUAUAAUGAUAAUAAUCACAAUUAUUAUUUUAAUUAUUGUAUAUAUACAUUUAAAUUGUACCACAUUGUAGCCCUCAAUAUGUAAUAGUUUAGCAUCAAGCAAAUAGCUGUACACCCCAUUUCCACUCAAUAAUGUGCAACCAGAGGCCUUUUGAGUAGGUGCAGCAGGUACUAGUAACCUGAGAUUGAAACGUCAUCUCAGGUAAAAUAUGUGCAAUACUAUAUACAUACAUACAUACAUACAGUGGGGGAAAAAGUAUUUAGUCAGCCACC